AUGGGCGUUGCAGCGGCAGGGACGGUGCGCGGCGGCGCUGGGCGGGCGGUGCAGGGACACCUGAGGGCGGAGAGAGAGGGCGAGGGGCGCACGUUGCAGAUUCACUUUCGUCCGGCUACGAGCGCCCGCCACGCCAGUGAGAGAAAGUUGGCCGCGGCGAGCGAACGAGUCUCGCUAGUUUCGCGGCGCGCCGCGCACGCAUGUUACGUGCUCCCCGGUUUGCACACUUGCCCUUAA